AUGGCCCAAGACCCUCGUGCUCUGUUGCAAAAGGCCGAUAAGACGCUGCAAGGUGCCGGCAGCGGCUUCAGCUUCUUUGGCGGCCGCGAGGACAAGUACCAGAAUGCCGCCGACUUGUAUGUCCAGGCCGCCAACGCCUUCAAGAUGCAGAAGCAAGGUCAGCACAGACCAAUCCGGUUCGCGCGCCCGGCGGCACUGAAACUGACGGUUGCUCCUGCGUAUAUAGAUCUCGAAGCCGGAAAAGCCUUUGAGAAGGCUGCAGAAGUCUUCACCAAGAACCUCAACGAGCCCGACGAUGCCGCCAACAGCCUGAUCGAUGCCUUCAAGGCCUACCGCAAGACUGACGCGCAGUCCGCAGUCCGAUGCGUCAAAGUGGCGAUCCAGCGCUAUUGCGCCAAGGGCAACUUCAGAAGGGCUGCUGGUCAGCAGGAGGCCCUUGCUGAGGUCUACGAGCAGGAGCUCGGCGACACCAAGAGCGCUCUGGAAGCGCUCGAGUCUGCUGCUUCGUGGUACGAAGGCGACAAUGCUAAUGCCCUCGCGAACAAGCUGUGGAUCAAGGUUGCCGACAUGGCCGCUUUCGAGGGAGACUACUACAAAGCUAUCGAGAAUUACGAAAAGGUUGCCGCUGUGUCGAUUGAUAACAAUCUGAUGAAGUACAGCGUCAAGGACUAUUUUCUCAAGGCCGGCAUCUGCCACCUUGCCAGUGGUGAUAUGGUCGCCACCCACCGGGCGCUUGACAAGUAUCGCGAGAUGGACCCUUCCUUUGCUACGCAGCGGGAGCACAUGCUUCUUGUUGAUCUCUGCGAAGCGAUUGAGGAAAAGAACAAAGAUCAAUUCACUGACAAGCUGUACCAGUACGAUCAAAUGAGCAAGCUCGACAAGUGGAAGACCGGCAUGCUGGUGAAGGUCAAGAACACUAUUGAGGAAGCCGAUGACGAGUUUGCUUAA